GGCGGAGGGAGGGGCUGAGGCGAGAGCGGCAUGAAGGUGUGAGGGGCGGCCGCGCACGGCAGCCGGGACGCGCGGGCUUGCGAGUGUGCUGGUCCUCUGGUACAUUUUAGAAUGCCGCUGGUAAAAAGAAACAUCGACCCCAGGCAUCUGUGCCACACAGCUCUGCCCCGAGGUAUCAAGAAUGAACUGGAAUGUGUUACCAAUAUUUCCUUGGCAAAUAUUAUUAGACAACUGAGUAGCCUAAGUAAAUAUGCAGAAGAUAUAUUUGGUGAACUUUUCAAUGAAGCACACAGUUUUUCAUUCAGAGUCAACUCGUUACAAGAACGCGUAGAUCGCUUAUCUGUCAGUGUUACGCAGCUUGAUCCAAAAGAAGAGGAACUGUCACUGCAGGACAUUACAAUGAGGAAAGCUUUCCGAAGUUCCACAAUUCAAGAUCAGCAACUUUUCGACCGCAAAACUCUGCCUAUUCCUUUGCAAGAAACUUAUGACAUUUGUGAACAGCCUCCUCCGCUUAACAUUCUCACUCCUUACAGAGAUGAUGGAAAAGAGGGUCUAAAGUUUUAUACCAAUCCUUCAUACUUCUUUGAUCUAUGGAAGGAAAAGAUGUUGCAGGACACUGAAGAUAAAAGAAAAGAAAAGAGGAAGCAGAAGCAGAAAAAUCUAGAUCGCCCUCAUGAACCAGAAAAAGUGCCAAGGGCACCUCAUGACAGACGGAGAGAGUGGCAGAAGUUAGCCCAAGGUCCGGAGCUCGCAGAGGAUGAUGCUAAUCUCUUACAUAAGCACAUUGAAGUUGCUAAUGGCCCAGCUUCACAUUUUGAAUCAAGAUCUCAAGCAUACGUGGAUCAUAUGGAUGGAUCGUAUUCUCUUUCUGCGUUACCCUAUAGUCAGAUGUCUGAACUUCUGAACAGAGCUGAGGAGAGAGUGUUGGUCAGACCACAUGAACCACCGCCACCACCUCCAAUGCACGGAGCAGGAGAAGUCAAACCUGUACCUCCUUGCGUUAGUUCUACUACAGGCUUGGUAGAAAAUCGUCCUCAAUCACCAGCAACAGGCAGAACACCAGUGUUUGUGAGCCCCACUCCUCCCCCUCCACCGCCACCACCCCUUCCCUCUGCUUUGUCAACCUCUUCACUAAGAGCUGCAAUGACUUCCACUCCUCCUCCCCCAGUCCCACCUCCACCACCUCCUCCCACAGCUGCUUUGCAGGCCCCGGCAGUGCCACCUCCACCAGCUCCUCUCCAGAUCGCUCCUGGAGUCCUACACCCAGCUCCUCCUCCAAUUGCUCCUCCCCUAGCACAACCCUCUCCUCCUGUCACUAGAGCUGCCCAAGUGUGUGAAACUGUACCAGUUCACCCAGUUCCUCAAGGGGAAGUACAGGGACUUCCUCCACCCCCACCACCUCCUCCCUUGCCUCCUCCUGGCAUUCGACCCUCUUCUCCUGUCACGGUUGCAGCCCUUUCUCACCCUCCAGCUGUCCUGCACCCCCCUCCCACAACCAUUGUCCCUGGCCCCCAUGCCCCACUAAUGCCUCCAUCCCCACCAUCCCAAGUGAUUCCUGCUCCUGAACCAAAACGCCACCCCUCAACUCUUCCUGUAAUCAGUGAUGCUAGAAGCGUUCUGCUGGAAGCAAUACGAAAAGGUAUUCAGCUACGCAAAGUUGAAGAGCAACGUGAACAAGAAGCUAAACAUGAGCGCAUUGAGAAUGAUGUUGCUACUAUACUUUCUCGUCGUAUUGCUGUGGAAUACAGUGAUUCAGAAGACGAUUCAGAGUUUGAUGAAGUGGAUUGGUUAGAGUAAAAUUAUUACAUUGCUGUACACUACAAAAUCGAAUGCUAACGUCCAUUGUGGUGCUUGUUCUUUGAAAGUUUGAUGGUCAUUUCUA